AUGGGCUCACGUACCGAAGCAGCCGUAGUCAUGGUGCAGAGAGCUCAUCGAGAUAUCGUUUUUGAGGUGGUGCCUUUCUUUGAAGAUGUGUGCAUCGUGACGCCAGAGGGAAGGCUCCCAUUCCUUGUUGGUACCGAUACGCCAGAAGAAGUUAUGGAGAACAUUCUUCGACAUCUUUACCAGCUCGACGUGCGACUACCAUUCGAAGGCAUUGAAGACGUAGGCGACGUGGCCGAAGAAGGUCGCCUUGCUUCGAGAUUAGCAAACAGACACAACUUCAAGAACGCCUUGCAUGGAUUGAUCGCAUGCAGAAAGUACGGCCUUCAUCAGCUCUCCGACAGGUACCAGCGCACAGUCCUGAGCUGUAUCUUCUUCGCUCAGCACUACCGUGAUCUGAUUUUCAUGGUGGAAAUAGCUUUCAAUUUACACCGCACCGUUGCUCGAGGACUUGGUAUUAAUGGAAGGCUUCGGUACAUUGCUCUGAUCAAUUUGGUCUUCGAGUUGGACAACGUGCUGGAGCAGCUACCCUGGCGGGGCUUGCCAGGCUUACAGCGGAAGGCAGCAGAGUGUGCCAAUAUCUGUGCUCGCCACAGCCUCCAGCGCGGAGCAUUAGGACCAGAGGUCGACUCUAGAGAGAUGAGGCAGUUCUUGAUGUUUUGCGCUGACAUUUUGGACUAUGAGGUGACCGCGAAUGAGGUGGAUGACAUCAUUACAUUCGAGAUGACACGCCGUGCCUUCGAGGCCACGCAUCAGUAUCGACGUUAG